GUCCGCAUUCCAAGCCUUGCUGACCAUGAAUGGGAUGGCCAAUGUGAAUUCUGCCAGUCGCCCUCAUUAUGCCUCCUCCAUCCCUGUGCCUCGAGCUUCUUCCCAGACCAGGAUUCACACACCUGGUGCUUCUCCCCAGCUGCGGCCCCGCCAGGCUGGCCUGGCUCUGAGCCCCCAGAGAGCGGCCUCCCCAAGACCGGGCAAGUCUGCAGUCCCUUCCAGAAACUCCUCUCCUAGGGCCUCCAGGGGAAGAGGCUCCCCCAAGGCUGCUGGGACAGCGAGGGAAGCAGCUGAGAGUGGUGAAGGCCUUUCCAGCUCCCCAUGGAGCAGUCCCAGGAUAACCCCCAAAACAGCCCUUGCCAGCCGGGCUGGGUCCAGAAGAGCUGGCGAGACACAAGGCACCCAGGGAAAGAAGAAGAAAGCUCAGGAAGGGAUUCCAACCCGGCAGACACGGGGCCGGAGCCCAUCUCGGAUGAACUUUCAUGGAGAAACUCAAAUACCAGGGACUCCCGAAGAUGGAAAGCCUCCAAGCUGCCUGGGAAAAGAUCAAAAAGAUGUAAACUACAAAAGUUCUGGGCUCACCAGGUCUUUGGAGCCUGAUGAGGGAGCAGCUUCACUGACUUCCUCUCCUGCCUGCAGCCCAGCACAGAGCAAGCGCGCCUCCCCAUCCCCAGGGGCCAUUAGCUUCUCCUCAGUCCAUCAGCAGAGUCAGCCAGUCACAGCCACGGUGGCCCCCUUCCAGUACAGGUUGCAGAUAGACCAGGAACCUGGCCCCCUCCCCCAGGGAAGCUGGGCCCUUGAUGGCUACUCCAGGGUCCCCAACGAGACUGAGGAGAGUUUCUCCUGUACAGGUAAGUGGUCUGAGGGAAAGACUUCCUCUUGGGCACAGUACCCGGUGGUCAGUGUUCGGUGGGUGAGUGAAUUGAGAGUAUCUUUCUCCCGGACGCGGCAGGGGGCCACCCGUGCUCUCCGAGAACCCAAGAACCCGCCCCGCCUCUGCGCGGAAAGCCAGGAGAAAAACGGGUUCCUCACGGACUCCGAGAAGAAGCUGCAGCUCUACGAGCCCGAGUGGAGCGACGACAUGGCCAAGGCGCCCAAGGGCUUGGGCAAGGGGGGGUCCAAGGGCCGCGAGGCUCCGCUGAUGUCCAAGACGCUGUCCAAGUCAGAGCACUCGCUCUUCCAGGCCAAGAGCAGCCCGGCGGGCGGCGCCAAGACCCCCUUGGCCCCGCUCGCGCCCAGUCUGGGAAAGCCCAGCCGGAUCCCUCGAGGACCCUACGCGGAGGUCAAGCCGCUCAGCAAGGCGCCUGAGGCGGCCGUGAGCGACGACAGCAAAUCCGACGACGAGCUGCUCUCCAGCAAGGCCAAGGCGCAGAAGGGCUCCGGGCCGGUGCCCCCGGCCAAGGGCCAGGAAGAGCGCGCCUUCCUCAAGGUGGACCCCGAGCUCGUGGUGACGGUGCUGGGCGACCUGGAGCAGCUGCUCUUCAGCCAGAUGCUGGACCCAGAGUCCCAGAGAAAAAGGACAGUGCAGAAUGUCCUAGAUCUUCGACAGAACCUGGAAGAGACCAUGUCCAGCCUGCGAGGGUCCCAGGUGUCUCACAGCUCCCUGGAAAUGACCUGUUAUGACAGCGAUGACGCCAACCCUCGCAGCGUGUCCAGCCUCUCCAACCGCUCGUCCCCUCUCUCCUGGCGGUAUGGCCAGUCCAGCCCGCGGCUGCAGGCUGGUGAUGCACCCUCUGUAGGCGGGAGCUGCCGCUCAGAGGGGACCCCAGCCUGGUACAUGCACGGGGAGCGGGCCCACUACUCCCACACCAUGCCCAUGCGCAGCCCCAGCAAACUCAGCCACAUCUCGCGCCUGGAGCUGGUCGAGUCCCUGGACUCAGAUGAGGUGGACCUCAAGUCUGGCUACAUGAGCGACAGUGACCUCAUGGGCAAGACUAUGACAGAGGAUGAUGACAUCACUACCGGGUAA